CACCGAAUUAGAGCUAUGAGCUCGAAUGGCGGCGUGUCGAGGUGAGAGCGUGAGAAACCCGUCUGAAAUUUUGCCUCGCGCGCGCGUGAACUUGCGCGAGAGAGCCGCAUCGCUGGCCUACGGACGCGCACGAUACCGGCAUCCAUCGCUGUGCAGCCCUGGACAGCACGCGGUCGUGCAAGAUGGCCAGCCUCUCCGAGGCGCAGGAGCUCCUCUCCGAAGAGCAAAAGGCCGCCCGCGACGCGGACCUCGACGCCCGCCUCGAGAAAUUGAAACUAGAGGUCAACCAAGAACCCAUACAUAUACCACAUCCAGAAACAGUAAAAGCAACCGAGGAAUUGCUCGAGCGCCUCGCCGCAUUGCGGCAGGAGCACGCCGCGGCCACGGCCACGGCCGACGCCUUUAGGAAGAGCAUCGCGAAGCUGCCGGAGAAAUGUUCCAUAGAAGAACUCAAGGCCAAGUUCAAGGAAGGCGCCGCCGAGGCGCCCGAGACGAUCAACUAUGGAGACCACGCGUCGCAGUACUACCGGGUCCACCGGCCGUCGGUACCGGAGCCGUGGUGGGCCGUGCUGAUCAUCCAUGGCGGUUUUUGGCGGGAGAAAUACAAUAUAAGUAAUGCAGCUAUCGAGACGAUAGCGCCGGCAUUAGCGAGGAGAGGCUUCUGCGCCAUCGAGGUCGAAUACCGACGCGUCGGCGGGGGCGGCGGCUGGCCCGAGAGUUGCGAUGACGUGGACGCCGCGUUAAAACAUUGUAUCGAAAACGUCGCGGGACUCUCCGAGAGGCGCAUCGUGCUCGUGGGCCACUCGGCGGGCGGCCACGCCGCUUUGAUGUGCGCCGCGAACGCGCAGACGGCGCCGCGCUUGGUGGUCGCCAUAGCGCCCGUCGCCGAUCUGGUGCACGCGCACGAAAAAAAAUUGAGUGAUGACGGCGAGGCGGUCCUGAAUUUUGUGGGUGCGGCGCCGGACCUAAGACCGGACCUCUACGAGGCGGCCUGCCCGACGAAGUCGCAAAUUUGGUCGAGGUUGCGGAGUGAUAUCGUGCUGGCGACGGGUACGGAGGACGUCGACGUGCCGGUCGAGCUGACGCGCCUCUUCUAUCAUAGGCUGGACCAGGGGCUCGCGGGGCCGCGCCUCUUCGAGUACCGCGAGCCGGCGGGCUGCGACCACUAUUCCGUGGUCGACGCGGGUCGCGGGUUCGCGGAGAUAUGGGAGGCGGCCGAGGGCGUGCUGCGGCGGCCGGGGAUGAACUGGCUCUAAUUAAUUUUCUGUAGUGGUG